AUGUUGUCAGCGGAACACGGUAGUCGAGAAGGUCUCUGUGGUACUUCUUUUCUCCUUCCUUGUGCUGCCGAAAGUCUCGAUUGCCUGCAAUUUCGAAGAUCUUCUGGCAAAGCUGAUCUGCUGAUAGCUGAUAUUAGCUACCAGUCGCAAUAUGGGAUGCAGUCGGAUCCAGCCACAGUACUCUCCUCCUCUCCAGCAGAUCCUUGA